AUGAAUGCUCCCAUCUCUUCACCAUCGCAGGCCGGCGCCUCUUCCUCCACCUCGGCCUCGUCGCUCCGCACCUCGCCAAACCAGACGGCCUCGGUGCCCGCGCCACCGCCGCCGCAGGACCUCAAGACGCCAUCGACCGACGCCUUUCUCAAGGACUUUACCCUCGUCGCCGAGGCUGCCAAGCGCGCCCAAGUCGCCGUCAUGGUUCGCGAAUUCGAAAACUGCGGCCUAUGA